CAGAGUCAACAUUUUCUUCGGACACAAAAAUUAUGAACAGUACUAACAACGAAGAAAAACAACAGUCAUUUGAUUUUUCAAUAUUUGCGAGAUUAUGUGAACAUGCCAGCCAAGCCAACCACAGUUCCAAUGACUCCUUCCUGCUGCAGUUACAGAGCUUUUGCCACUCCCCUCUGUACAGUAUCAAAAUAGACCGCAAAAAUAUUCUACCUGCCCCGUUACCAAAAUCCACAUUGGAAGUCUUCAUAGCGCUUUAUUUGAUGAUCAUUAUCAUGGCAGUUUUCGGUAAUUCUUUGGUACUUGGAUUAAUUGGUGUCGUGAAGAAGAUUCGAACAUUGACCGACAUUUACAUUAUAUCGCUAGCCACUAGUGAUCUACUCAUUGCUACUUUGAAUAUGCCAUUUCAACUGUACUAUGUUGUGGCCAACGACUGGAUGGCAACUGGUGAUUUUGGACUGUUUCUUUGUAAACUAACCUCAUACAUUGAAGGCGUGGCGGUGGCUGCCAGCAUUCUUACCUUGCUGUUUAUAGCAAUCGACAGGUAUGUAGUCAUUUGUGAAAUAAGCAUCGCAAGCGCCAUCCACAACAGAAACGCUGCUAGGAUUAUCGUGGUAGCGCUGUGGUGCGUCUCGCUCUGCGUUCCAUCCCCAAAUCUCAUUUUUCAGAAACUUGACAAAAGAGUUAAUGUGAAGAACUCAAAUGGAGUUCUCUUAAUGGACGGAUUCAAAUACAUAUGUGCCGAGUUCUUUCCAAACAAGUAUAGCAGUAGGAUUUACACAGUGGUCAUUUACACGCUUUUCUACCUACUUCCGGUUCUCGUGAUGGCUAUCAGCUACGGGCGGAUCGGACAUCGACUCUGGAUACACCAUCCCAUAGGAGAUAUCUUGGAAAACCCACGUCAUCACCGACGUCACAUCAAACAAAAGAGAAGAGUGAUUAAAAUGCUCGUCAUGCUCUUCCUUUCUUUUGCCGUCCUAUGGCUUCCGUUCUUCACCUUCCAUCUAUACAGAGAAUUUGUGGUUAAUGAAAACGAGUCUUUUCGGAUCAAGAGUGCCAUUCUGAAAUUGAUUGGAUACGCAAACUGCUGCAUCAAUCCUAUUAUUUAUACGUUUUUGAACAAAGCAUUUCAGAAUGAAUUCAUACGUCUUUUCUGCAAAAAUCGACUUUUUGCAACUCCGGCAAAUGGAAAAACAGACGUUGUCUGUAUCACAAAAGUCUGAAAUGAUAUUAACUGACA